GAGGAGAUCGGGGUGAUGUUCGCCUCCCUGCCCAACUUCGCCGACUUCUACACGGAGGAGAGCAUCAACAACGGCGGCAUCGAGUGCCUGCGCUUCCUCAACGAGAUCAUCUCCGACUUCGACGCGCUGCUGGACGAGCCCCAGUUCCGCUGCAUCACCAAGAUCAAGACCAUCGGCAGCACCUACAUGGCCGCCUCCGGAGUGACGCCCGACGCCGGCGCCAACGGAUUCGGAGCCAAGAAGGAUCCACGCUCGGAGAAGGAGCGCUGGCAGCACCUGGCCGACCUGGCCGACUUCGCGCUGGCCAUGAAGGUGACGCUGAUGAACAUCAACUACCAGUCCUUCAACAACUUCAUGCUGCGCAUAGGGAUGAACAAGGGGGCGGUGCUGGCCGGGGUCAUCGGGGCGCGCAAGCCCCACUACGACAUCUGGGGCAACACGGUCAACGUGGCCAGCCGGAUGGAGUCCACCGGAGUCAUGAAGGAUCCACGCUCGGAGAAGGAGCGCUGGCAGCACCUGGCCGACCUGGCCGACUUCGCGCUGGCCAUGAAGGUGACGCUGAUGAACAUCAACUACCAGUCCUUCAACAACUUCAUGCUGCGCAUAGGGAUGAACAAGGGGGCGGUGCUGGCCGGGGUCAUCGGGGCGCGCAAGCCCCACUACGACAUCUGGGGCAACACGGUCAACGUGGCCAGCCGGAUGGAGUCCACCGGAGUCAUGGGCAACAUCCAGGUGGUGGAGGAGACGCAGCAGAUCCUGAAGGAAUACGGAUUCCGCUUCGUCCGCCGCGGCGCCGUCUACGUCAAGGGCAAAGGCGAGCUCCUGACGUUUUUCCUGAAGGGCCGCGAAAAACCGGGAUCGUUCCUCGGAUCCGCCGCCGUCCCCCUGCCCCACCAGGUGCUGGAGAAUUCCUGAGGAUUCUUCGGGAAUCUCCACCGGGAUCCGGAACCUGACCCCCUCGGCACGGCCCCUUCCCGGAGGUUUUUUUGGGGGUUUUUUUGGGGUGGGGGUUUUUGUUCCCUGUGGAAAAGAGGGAAAGGCGGAUCCGGGGUUUUCCCGCCGUGGGAAUUCUGGACUCGGAGCGGUGGCGGCAAUUCCAGGAGAUCCAAACUCAGGGAUGGUUGGGAAGACUCCGCGUCUCUUCCGCGUGCCGGGAGCGGGAGCAAAUCCGGGAUUUUCCCGAAAAUUCCUCCCGAAUUCGAGAGCUCGGGUCCGGCUUGGAUUUGGGGAAGGACGGGAGUUGUGUAUUCCAGAUCCAUA